UCGAACUCUACGACAAGGAAUCAUUGUACACAACGACUAUGGACACUCCGUCAACAUUAAUUUUUGAGUCAACGGAUCCCGCCAGACUUUCCAACAAGAUGCUGGCGGUAUUUUUAAAAAAUUUAUUCAGGUAUGGGAGGAAAGAAGUGAAGAUUGUGAACAAGAGAGUUCACUUGUAUUUGAAAUAUUCACCGAAGAAUGAAACGGUUCAGGGAAAAUUAAAAAAUCUUCCCGUCCGAUACCUGAGAGUGGCGGCCGAUGACGAGGAAGAAUUACAAUUGUUAUUGAAGGGGAUGCGUGAAUUCUCGGACGUCAAUUUUUAUGCGGCUGCCAUAGAGGAGGACGAACCGGUACCGGCUAAAAAAUUCAAGCCGGCUUCGGAAGAAGAGAAAAUAAAAAUUCUGGAAAACAGAAUUUUAAAAUCAGCCACCACUACGACGAUGACGACGACUACCACCACUCCCAGUACCAGCAAAGUUGAAGAUUUUUGCUUCGUUUUAGACGACGACGCGGAAGAGUUUGAAAGUCAAAAAUUUAGUGUAGUUAGUAAAUAAAAAUAUUAAAAAAUAUUCGAGUUAUAACUUGUUUAAUUUUUUCCA